AUGUCGCUCGCGUGGCUCCGGAACCACGCGCGCAACCGUGAUCGCGGUACAACCAGGACGCGUUCCAACAGCCAGCGUCUCGCAGCCCAACGUGCGCACCGUCAGUUCGCCGGCGCCGAGGCGUACGCGCCGCGUAUCACCUACGACAAUUCGUUCGUUGUGGAUAGUAGUGUCACGUCCCGCGAUGCCAACUGGGUCACUGACGACCAGUACAAACGCCAAUACCUCCGUCUCGGUUGGGAGGUGGCACUGAUUCGUAAGGAUGGCAACUGCCUCUUUCGAGCGCUGAGCGACCAGCUUUACGGUCACGAGCGUCGCCACUUAGAACUGCGUCGACGUCUGGUAGACUUUAUCGAUUUGGAGCGUGCAUUCUUCGAGCCGUUCGUGGCUGGUGAGGGAGUCGUCAAGUACUGUGCACGACUUCGUGAAGCAGGGGCAUGGGGCGGCCACCCAGAGCUCGUCGCAGCAUCCAGGCUGUUGGGUGUCACCAUAAUCGUGCACACGGGCCCCGUCAAGCGGCUCCGCAUCGACACUGACAAGUACGCGCGGACUAAGGAAGGCAAGGGCAAGACGAUCAAUCUUCUGCUCAAACACGACCACUACAGUAGCCUUCGAAAGAGGGAAAAGCCGCUUCAUCAGCAACACGGAUGCUCGAAUAUGUGUCUGUGCAGACGAAUUGUGACGCCGUCUCGAGCUUCUCUUGACUCUCGCGCCUCUCUGGGUGCUCGUCCGUCAGAUCUCGGGGCUAGCUUUGUCGAUCGCAAUUCGGAUGCGACUAGACGCAGUUCCCUUGGCGCUCGACCUGCCGAUAUCGGUAUCGAGCAGCGUGGUCGACUCAAAGGUGCCUACGGCCGCAAGUCUGUGCCAGACGCCCCCAACAGCAGAAGCAAUGAGGACAAGCGACUUGAAAAGGGCCCGGCCAAGCCAAAGUCGCGACUUCCUUCUCCCCCGGACAAACCGAAAACUCCUGCUCCGGCACCACCGACUCAAUCUGUGCCUGCUAAGGCUAAGGUUGCCGCUCCUGCUGCCCCAUCUCGACCAAAGGCGCGUGCCCCCGCGCCGCCCAGCAAGCCAAAGUCCCCAGCACCAGCUCCGCCGAGUCAGCUGGCAUCUGUGGCAUCAAUUCCGCAGGUUUCUUCCCCUGAACACAGCAAAGCGGCAUCGCCACGUAGGCCUCGGUCCCCCUUACCAACCCCACCUGCAAAGCAGAAGACCCCAGGCGUAGUGCUUUUCCAGCCAGAGUCGUUAAAACCGGUCGUGAAGCCGAAAGCUCCACUGGUAGUACUCUUUGAGCCUGAGCAAACUCCCACGCCCAAAUCAACGGCUAAGAAGUCGACUGUAAGCACCGCGACGCCUGUGAAAACUACGUCGGCAUUGGUUCGGGAUGCUGAAGAGGAGGAACCUGAGUCGCCAUCAGGUGGACGCGAGAAGGUCCCUCAGCGUGGCGUCCGUCUCCCGCGUCGUGCCGUCUUUAAUGGUGGCAAACGUCGCCGUUCCAGUGCGGCGGCGCUUUCGUUGCUGCAAGAAGUCUCGGUUAGCUUAAAUGGUAGCACCCCUGAGGUUACGAUCGAGCCUGUUCCUGUCGUGAAGCCCGUGGUGAAGACGAUCAAGCCCGUGAUGGUGGCGAAACCGGUCGUGAAAACGAUCAAACCCGUGACAAUGACCAAAGCGGUCGUCAAGACGGUUAAGCCCACGACUGUAUCCACGCCGACGGUCACUCCUGUCACUGCGGCCAAGCCGACCCCACCAGCGCCGCGCUCCAUGGAGAUCAAGAAGUCAAGUAAAAAGGUUUUCCGUCAAGGCCGCCCUGUGUCCGCUGCAUGCUGA